AAUGAAAGACCAACUGUAACCAGGCAUAACUGGCUAUCAUGGGGAAACUGAUCAGGAUUGGGACACAGGAGAGGCGGUUAUUCCGACGACCAAAGAGGCUUCAUUGGAGUCGCCUCCUUUUCCUCCUGGGAAUGUUGAUCAUCGGUUCCACCUAUCAGCACCUGAGGAGACCCCAGAACUCCUCCUCAAUGUGGAAAAAAGCCUCUUCCCAGCAGCCUAUUAAACUGGCCAGCAGGGACCUCCCCAGUGAUGAGAUGGCAGUGGUGGGAAGUGACCCUCCAGAGGCUAGCUCGGAAGUGGAUGGUGAAAUGCUGGCACCCCAAAACACAGUGAUCAGGGAUGAAGCAACACCUAGCAUAACAAUGGAUGACACCCCCAACCCACCCAGAACAACCAAGAUCACUCCAACAUCACCAAAGAAUACUUAUGGUCCUAUAGCUGCUGGCACAGAGAGAAAAAAGGAAAACCCUCCACCCACAUCUAGCAGGGUAUCAAACCACUUCAUCUCAAUGUCAGGCAGAGAGAAAAUAAAAAGCUAUUCCCCAAUAAUCAGGGGAGAAAGGAGGAACUCCACCCCAACUCACUCCAGGGAAAAGGGAAGGAAGUAUACCCCAUCCCCAGCGGGUGCACCAUCUGCUACCACCCCCAUAUCCACAGAGAAAGACAGCAAAACCAUGGCAACCUAUAGGCUAUUGGAGACCAAACCUCCUGAGAGAACAGUGGAAGAAACCACUGCAGCUUCUCUCAAGAGAGUGGUUCCGAACACCCAGAUUUUCUUAACACGUGAAGUAGAAACAGCUCUCUUGACUUCUCCAAGUUUGGUGGAAGAGAACACCUUGGGUAGUGCUAGAAGAGAGGAACAAAACAGCUCUACCAGUCCCCAGGGAGUAUUCCCACAGCAAACUCCAGCCACCUCUGAGAAGCAAGUGACAAUAAGAGCCAGGAUGGGUAAUAACCCAGCAACCAUCGGAGCUUCGACUGCUGCCUGGAGAAUUAACAAUCCCUUGUCCAGAACCAGCGCACCAACCAUUAGAAUUGCUCCAGCCACCAACAGGGAACUGGCAAAGAGACCAUCCACAGCACACAGUGCCCCAGUAACUCCCAAAGUCAAGGCAAUCCUGACCACACAGGUCCACCGCUGUGUGGUCAUGGAGCCAGUCACAGCGGUACCCAUGACCCCAUCUGCAAGCAUAACAAACAUUCUGUUCCCAGGGACACCCAGCCCCAGUCCCUCAACUUUACCACCUGGCUGGCCAAAACUCCACGCCAAGGCAGAGUACCCCCCAGAUCUGUUCAGUGUAGAGGAUCGGCGACAGGGCUGGGUGGCGCUGCACAUCUUCGGCAUGAUGUAUGUGUUUGUGGCCUUGGCCAUUGUGUGUGAUGAAUACUUUGUUCCAGCCCUGGGAGUCAUCACAGACAAGCUGCAGAUCUCUGAGGAUGUGGCAGGAGCCACGUUCAUGGCUGCUGGAGGCUCAGCUCCUGAGCUGUUCACCUCUCUCAUCGGUGUCUUUAUUUCCCACAGCAAUGUGGGUAUUGGUACCAUUGUGGGCUCUGCUGUGUUCAACAUCCUUUUUGUUAUUGGCACCUGUGCCCUUUUCUCCCGGGAGAUCCUCAAUCUCACCUGGUGGCCCUUGUUCCGGGAUGUUUCCUUCUACAUCCUUGACUUGUCCAUGCUCAUUGUCUUCUUCCUGGAUAGUCUCAUUGCCUGGUGGGAGAGCCUGUUGCUGCUGCUGGCCUAUGCCCUCUAUGUGUUCACCAUGAAAUGGAACAAGCAGAUUGAGCUUUGGGUAAAAGAGCAGCUCAGCAGGAGGCCAGUAGCCAAGGUCAUGGCCCUAGGGGACCUCAGCAAGCCCAGUGGUGGUGCCAUUGAGGAAAAUGAGCCAGAGGAUAACAAGAAGCUCAAGCUUCCGUCUGUGCUGACCCGAGGGAGCAGCUCGGCCUCACUACACAACAGCAUCAUCCGCAGCACCAUCUACCACCUCAUGCUCCACAGCCUGGACCCCCUGGGGGAAGCCUGCCCCUCCAAGGACAAUCAGGAGAGUUUGAAUCAGGAGGCCAGAGCCCAUCCCCAGACCAAAGCAGAGAGCAGUCCUGACGAGGAGGAGCCAGCCCAGCUCCCUGCGGUCACAGUCACUCCAGCCCCUGCUCCAGACGUCAAGGGAGAUCAGGAGGAGGAUCCAGGCUGCCAGGAAGAAGUGGGUGAGGUUGACAGAACAGGAGCUACGACAGGUGAAGAGGGGGAAACUGAGGCAGAAGGAAAAGUUGUUGAACAUGAGGGGGAAACUGAGGCAGAAGGAAAAGAAAAUGAACUUGAAGGGGAGACUGAGGCAGAAGGAAAAGAAGAUGAACUCGAAGGGGAGACUGAGGCAGAAGGAAAAGAAGAUGAACUCGAAGGGGAGACUGAGGCAGAAGGAAAAGAAGAUGAACUCGAAGGAGAAGGUGAAAUCCAAGUUGAUGACACAGAGGUAAAAGAUGGUGAAGGUGAAACAGAAGCCAAUGCUGAAAAUCAGUGUGAGACCACCCAAGAUGAAAAAAAUGCAGAUGAUGAAGGGGGAAGUGAUGGAGGGGAUAGUGGAGAAGAGGAAGAUGAUGAAGAGGAGGAAGAGGAGGAAGAAGAGGAAGAAGAGGAGGAGGAAAAUGAGGAGCCUCUGUCCUUGGAAUGGCCUGAGAGUAGGCAGAAGCAGGCCAUUUACCUCUUUCUCCUGCCUAUUGUGUUCCCACUGUGGCUGACAGUCCCCGAUGUACGGAGGCAGGAGUCCAGGAAGUUUUUUGUCAUUACCUUUCUGGGAUCCAUUAUCUGGAUAGCCAUGUUCUCAUACCUCAUGGUAUGGUGGGCUCACCAGGUCGGUGAAACCAUUGGGAUUUCAGAAGAGAUUAUGGGUUUGACAAUCCUAGCAGCAGGCACUUCAAUUCCUGACCUCAUCACCAGUGUGAUCGUUGCCCGGAAAGGCCUGGGAGACAUGGCCGUGUCAAGCUCAGUGGGCAGCAACAUAUUUGAUAUCACAGUAGGCUUACCUGUCCCCUGGCUCCUCUUCUCUCUCAUCAACACCCUGCAGCCUGUUCCAGUCAGCAGCAAUGGCCUGUUCUGUGCAAUUGUCUUGCUGUUUCUCAUGCUCCUGUUUGUGAUCUUCUCAAUCGCAUCAUGUAAAUGGAGAAUGAACAAGAUCCUUGGCUUCACAAUGUUCCUUCUUUACUUUGUAUUCUUGGUAAUCAGUGUGAUGUUAGAAGAUCGAAUCAUAUCCUGUCCUGUAUCUGUCUGACUCAGUCACUGAUGCU